GCUGUGCAACGUGGCAAAUCAUUUUGUCAACACACAACAAGUCUGGAUGUCAAUCAGUCCAGCAGACAGACACUUGAUUUCUUCGGGAACGUACCAAAUUGUCUCUUAUUAUAAGUUGAUAGCAGGACUAGAAAACUGCAUUCCGUUCAAGAAUGGAGGACCCAAAUGGAAAUGCAAUUAUAAAAGCAGUAAUCUUAAUCGGCGGACCACAGAAGGGAACACGAUUUAGGCCGUUGUCCCUCGAUGUUCCUAAGCCUUUGACCCCAGUCGCUGGAUAUCCCUUGGUCCAGCAUCUUAUCGAAUCAUGUAUUCACGUGCCAUCUGUGAAGGAGGUUCUUAUAUUGGGGUAUUACCCCGCAGAUGAGAUCACACCCUUCAUUUCAGAAAUUGGACCCUUGUACAGCAGCAUCAAGAUACGUUAUUUACAAGAAUAUACCCGACUAGGCACAGCAGGGGGAAUAUAUCACUUUCGUGAUCAAAUCAGAGCUGGAUUAUCAAACACCUCGUGCUUCAUCCUCAUCAAUGGCGAUGUUUGUGGAGACUUUCCCUUGAGUGAAAUGUUAGAGUUUCACUCAAUUAAACGAGAUAUCCCAGCUCUGUUAACCGUUUUAGCGACGGAAGCUACUCGACAGCAGUCAUCAAAUUCAAAUUUUGGAUGUAUCGUUGAAGACAAAAACUCGCAUAGAAUCACGCAUUAUGUUGAGAAACCAGAGACGUUUGUGUCAACCCUCAUCAAUUGUGGCGUCUAUAUUUGCUCCCUUGACCUUUUUCCUUGCAUUUCAAAAAUUUUUUCUCAGCGGCAAGCCAACUAUUAUGCCGGAGAAAUUCAAGACAACAAUGGCGAUUGUUGGGAAUCCAUUGCAUUAGAGAAAGAUAUUAUAACACCUUCUGUCGGAAAUACUGGGUGUGUGUACGUGUACCGCUCGAAUAGGAUGUGGUCUCAAGUAAAAACGGCCGGAUCAGCAAUCUAUGCAAAUCGACACUAUUUGGCACUGUAUCGAGAACGACAACCUGAGAGAUUAGCUAAUAGCCGGUGUAAGACCAGAAACACACCGUGUAAAAUAAUCGGAGAUGUCUUCAUUCAUCAAACAGCACAGAUUGACCCAACCUGUGUGAUAGGACCAAAUGUCAGCAUAGGAAAAAACGUUGUCGUCGGGCCAGGAGUGAGGAUAAAGGAAUCUAUUAUUUUGGGAGACUCUGUUAUCCAAGACCACAGCCUUGUAAUGUACACCAUAGUUGGAUGGAAUGGUAUGAUCGGAAAAUGGACUAGAGUGGAAGGGACGCCUUGCGACCCCAACCCAAAUAAACCUUUUGCCAAAAUGGAUAAUGUUCCUCUCUUUAACGACGAAGGAAAAUUGAAUCCUUCUAUCACAAUUUUGGGUUGUCACGUUCGGGUUCCAUCAGAAGUUGUUGUUCUAAAUUCCAUUGUGCUGCCUUACAAAGAGCUCAGUCGUAGCUUUUCAAACGAAAUCAUUUUGUAAGUGUAGUACUGCUCCUAAAUAAAAAUUCAUGCAAUCACUAAAUACUAGAUAGUGAGGUGCUUCAGUCAGUUAUAAAUUUCAAUAAGUACGAUACAACCAUAAUAAACAAAAGUUAUUCAAGUAUUAUCACCAUA